AUGAGUGAUUAUAAUAACCACCAACAAGAAUCAUCAUCACAACUCUUUAGUGAAGAGUAUCAUCAACAACAGUCCUCUCCUAUCGAUGAUGAACCUACCAACAAUAACAAUAGUACAGUCGUUAAAGAAGAAGAAGAAGAGAAACCCACUCCUGCAGUUGUUGCUUCAUCACCAGACGUCGUUCAUCUUAUCACUCCUCCUACUACUCAAGAAGAAGAAGAAAAAGUAGAACAAGUUGAAGUUGAAGAGGAGGAAGAAGAAGAGGAAGAAUUAAAGGUUAUCGGAACACCAACAUCACAAUCUCCACCAUCGCCAUCAUCAACAGCUGCUGAAAGUGAUUUCAUUGAAAUUAAAGAUCUACCAAAGAUUAUUACAAUAGAGAGGCAGCUAUCCUCUGAUACCUCUGAUUCAUCCGAGUCGUCGUCGUCUUCACCAUCAUCAUCAAUAAUAUCAAGUGACCAACAACAACAACAACAACAAUUGGAAGAAAGUCGUGAGGAACAAAUACAAGUACAAGAUCCCUCUACUCUUACUACAAAUAUGGAAACAAUAUCAUCGGUUAGACCACCAAUUACAUCAAUAUCAACAACCAAUGAAGAAUAUACUAAUGGUUAUUAUAAAAGUCACUCAAUUGCAACGAUGACAUCAUCGUUACCAAUUCCAACACCAAUCGUUAAAUUAAAUGUUGGUGGAGUUAAAUAUGCAACUACUAGAGAUACACUACUCAACUCUAAUAGUACAUUCUUUAUGGCGUUGCUGUGUGGAUCGUGUGGCAAUGCAAUGGAUGGGGAUGGAAGUUAUUUCAUUGAUCGUGAUGGACCAUUGUUUGAACCAAUACUCAGUUUUAUGCGUACUGGUGAGUUCUCUCCAACAGAAUACAGUACAUCGACACUAUCUAAAAUCUAUCGUGAAGCUGAUUUCUAUGGUAUCAAGAUACUCUCUGAAAUCCUAUCACCACAAUCACGUAAUGGUAGUUCAUUCCUCAUAUCUAGAAUCGAUUCAAUCAAUUGGUUAUCAAACAAACAAUCAAACAAUUAUGUAACUCAUGUCAUUACACGUGCCAAUGUUUUAAUUGUUGCUUAUCGUGAUUUAUCAAUUGAAUGUUGGAUAUAUAAAGGAUUAGUAUUUGGAUGGAUGCAUAUAUUUAAAGUUGAAUCACCAAAUGACAUUGUAUCAUUAAAAAUAUCGGUAACCAAAAGUAAAACAAAUACAGUUACCAAGGGUCAUUUGGUAGUUUGUACAGAUAAAAAGGUUAUCAUUCUUUAUAAAUUUGAUAUUGAUCCAUAUGAUUUAAAAGUUAAUUUGGUAGAAAAUAUUAUAAAAUUAAAUCAUGUUGCACAUUAUUCAAAUUUCAUGGUGAAUGGACAUUAUUUAGCAUUGAUUUCAAGAAGUGGUCUAAUUACAAUGUUGGAUUGUGAAAGUGAAAAUGAUCAAUUAAUAUUAAUGCAAAUACCAUUUACCAUUACAAAUGUUACAGAUGUUGAAUAUGUUUUAUUUAUUUCAUGUGAUAAUGGUAAAAUAUAUGAAAUGAGACAAAAUAUGAAAGGAAAUUGGGUUUGGGAUAUUGAAGAGGUAUUUGAAAUUAAUAGUACUGAAUUUUUGUAUCCAAACUAUGGUGGAUUUUCAAGAAAGGCUUGGGAAAUGUCAACUAGAAAGGAUAUGUUGAAAAGUAGUAUAUUAAAGGUGAUUGAAACACCUUCAAACAAUACAAAUGGACACCAAUCAACCUCAUCAUCUGAACAGAGUAUGAGAGAGUUUUUAAAAUCUAGUAGAGAAUACAUCAACAAUCAAAACAAUGAAAUAUUUAUACAAAACCUGUACCAACAAUACUAUACCUAUGCCAACUCACCUAAAUACAAUCAUCCACAUUCUGUAUUCCCUCCACCUGCUCCUACCCCUACACCCACUGUUACGGCUGUUCCAGUCCAACAGUCAGUAAUCGAUAUUGAAAUAGAACAAGAAAAGAAUAACAAUUUGGAUAGUAUUGAUAAUAACGAUUUAUCGAAUCAUUUGGAGAAUGCAGCUGUUUAUGUGACGGCAACGUCUACUUCAUCGGUUCAACAAAUCAACUUUGACUCGAGAAUUGCAAUGGUGGCUGGAACAUUGGAUGGACACGUCCAUUUAAUGUUUAGAGGUACGAAAUACCCUGAUUUCCAACCGGCUGCCAAGUUUUGGAUCGGUGGAAAUGACCCGAUUGUGCGUGUGUCGGUGAGUGGUGGUUAUGAGGGUGUGUUUAUAUGUGCGCAGUCGUAUUCGGGUAUGGUCAAGACAUGGCAGUACAAGUCGUCCAACGUGCCCUAUCCAUCGACGGUCAAAUGUAUAUCAACACACCAUCCACACAGAUCGACCGUCAGCACCGUGUCAUCUCCCAUCUCACUCGUCGCACGUUUCAAAACAUUCAACUCACUCUACUGUAUCUCGCGACACUCCGAUUCCCAACAAGGGGGUAGUAGAGGAGCCAACGGUGAGACUGGCGGAGACUCAUCACCAUCCAAUGUCACUGGAUCCAGUCCCAUCAUGCUCGGUCUAGGUGGUACAUUACGCGGACCAAAUAACCUAAUGAAUCUGAACAACAACAAUGGAAACAAUAACAACAAUGGUAACAGUGGUGGAAAUGUAAAUGGAGGUAUUAACCACAGUCUCAUGAACACACUUACCAAGACCAGUAUCAACGGAUCGUCAUCACCCAACAUUCCAAUGGGUGGUACCAAUAAUAAUAGUAAGGGUGCCAACUCAUCAUACAACCAAAUCUAUAUUACAGGUGGUGAUGCCAAUACUGGAUACGAGUUACUCGUCUACCCACUCUCACAUCGUCAUGAUGGUGAUAUUAUCCCGUCUUCUGAAUGGCUCGAUAGCCACUUGCAAACGCCUAUCCGUAUCCCAAUGGUUGAUACCACUCCCAUCACCAACAUUACAGUCUCUACCUAUGGUGGAUCCGAACCAUCCUACUCUGAUGUAGUCUAUCAAAUCAUCACCUUUCACGAAUCCAAUAAUAUCUAUUCUUGGGAUCUCAAAGAUAUCAAUUCAAAGUUUAAUGAUAAAAAUUAA